AUGCUGGACUACGAAUGGGGAAACCCCUCCACCGUCAUGCUCUCCCCCGACAACGACCCCGGAUCCGACCCCACCCGACACCACCACAACACCACCACCAUUUUCGACCAUUACGCCUCCCAAGCCUCCCAAGCCUCCGCCUUCAACAACCUCGUCCCUCCUCCUCCUCCGCCGCAACAGCAAUCUCACCACGCCGCAUUUGCGCACCACUUUAACUCGGCCCAGGCCCAGCAGCUCCACUCCAUCUACGACGCCCACGCCUAUGCUAGCGCAUCGGCCUACGCGCCUCCAAACCACCACCCUCUGCUCUCCCUCGACCCGAUCCACGGCGGCGCGGCCCACGGGCUCAUUCUGGUCCCAAAAUCAGAGGACCUGUGCCGGCCCGUGGACUUCGCGUCGAGGAUCGGGCUCAACCUCGGCGGCCGGACCUACUUCUCCUCCGAGGACGACUUCAUGAACAGGCUCUACCGCCGGACCCGACCGGCCACCGACACCGGGUCGACCCACGCCCCGCGGUGCCAGGCCGAGGGCUGCACGGCGGACCUCUCCCACGCCAAGCACUACCACCGCCGCCACAAGGUCUGCGAGUUCCACUCCAAGGCCUCCACCGUCAUCGCCAACGGGUUGACUCAGCGAUUCUGCCAGCAGUGCAGCAGGUUCAAAAUUACCCCCAAUGCCCCUCCCCCCAAUCGCGUAAUGACCGAAAUGCCCCUGGGGUCUUGCUUGCUGUUCUCCUCCCGCCCGGCCAAUGAUUGGCGAAAUCCCAUUUGCCGGACACGGGGUCGAUCCCCAAAGGCACUUGCGUCCGUAUACAAAUUAUUACGUGCCCCGUUUUCCGUUUGGUUUGAUAAAUGCACGUGA